GUGAUGACGCACUCCCGGAAGUGGCGCUCUAGUCCAGGUAAUAAAGACCGAGGCGGCCUCGGGAGAAAGAGGCUUGGGACUGUUUUUCUAUCCAUAGUCUCUUCUUUCCCGGUCCCCGGAGCCGUCCGGAACUUCCCCCGAAAGAAGAGCAGGUCGUCAUGGGAGGUGGAGAUCUGAAUCUGAAGAAGAGCUGGCAUCCACAGACCCUCCGAAAUGUGGAGAAAGUGUGGAAGGCAGAGCAGAAACAUGAGGCAGAACGGAAAAAGAUUGAGGAGCUACAGCGGGAGCUUCGGGAAGAAAGAGCUCGAGAGGAGAUGCAACGCUAUGCAGAAGAUGUGGGAGCUGUCAAAAAAAAAGAAGAAAAACUGGACUGGAUGUACCAAGGUCCUGGUGGAAUGGUGAACCGUGAUGAGUACCUAAUGGGUCGUCCCAUUGACAAAUAUGUUUUUGAGAAGAUGGAGGACAAAGAAGCAGGUUGUUCAUCUGAAACAGGACUUCUGCCAGGCUCCAUCUUUGCCCCAUCGGGUGCUAAUUCUCUGCUUGACAUGGCCAGCAAAAUCCGGGAGGAUCCACUUUUCAUCAUUCGAAAGAAGGAGGAAGAGAAAAAGAGAGAAGUCUUGAAUAAUCCCGUGAAAAUGAAGAAAAUCAAAGAAUUAUUGCAAAUGAGCCUGGAAAAGAAGGAGAAGAAGAAGAAGAAGGAAAAGAAAAAGAAGCAUAAGAAGCACAAGCAUCGUAGCUCUAGCAGUGACCGCUCUGCCAGUGAAGAGGAGCGGAGCCAUGGAAGGUCUCAAAAGAAGAUGGCAAGUCCUCCUCCUGUUUUGCCCAAAAUUCCAGGUUAUGGCUUACAGAUUAAGAACACUGACCAUGAUCGGAGACUAUCGGGAUCUCUGGCGUCUGAAGCUGGGGGAGCUUACAGGGUCAAAAAUCGUUCUAGGUCACGGAGUGCUUCCCGUUCGCCUCAAAAACAUUCCAACAGGAAGGGCAUGUGGGAAUCUGAGACACGGGACAGGAGGUCACGGUCCCCUAAACAUAGUAGGCAGCAUAAUUCCAAAGUAAAUAGGAAAGAAAGAGGCCGAACUAGGAGUCCUUCCCCUAAAAAGGAAGGAUAUCAAAGACGACAUGCUCCAGGUUACACCAGAAAACUCUCAUCAGAAGAACUAGAGCGAAAGCGGCAAGAAAUGAUGGAGAAUGCCAGGUGGCGGGAGGAAGAGAGACUGAACACCCUCAAGAGACAUGAAAAAGAAGAUGAGAGAGAACGGAAGUUGGAGAAGAUGGACUCCCGGGAUGGGAAAUUCAUUCACCAGUUGAAAUUAGAAAGUACUUCCACCUCAUCUUUAGAGGAUAGGGUCAAGCGCAACAUCUACUCCCUGCAGAGAACUUCAGCUGCUCUGGAAAAAAACUUUAUGAAGAGAUGAAGCUCACAUGGAUUUUAUGCUGAUUAUCCUGAGUUUUCCAGGGAAGCUGCUGGCUCCUAAAAGAAUUCUCUUUAUAAGAGUUGAGAUGACUUCCAAGGAUGUUAGAUCCUAACAUCAAAGUGAUCCUACUCCAGUCGUUCCAGAGAACAGCUAACAUCCCUCACAAAAUAGGGAGGAGCCCUGUUGUGUACAGUAUCGGUCAAUUCCUUGGUUGUCUCCUCUGGUAUAUAUUGCAGAGUUGGGGUUUUGCAGUUUUUUUAAGAGGUGCCCAUCUUUGUUUUAGUGCUCCUAGAGAUUCCUAUUACUUUGCAUAGCUAUUCAUGGUCCUGUAAUUUAGCUCCUGCUUUCCUUGCCCAUUGGAUCUAUUCCCUUUCAAUACAAAUUGAACUUUUUUAAAAAAUCAAUCACCCUUUUAAAAAUCAUUCAUGGACCUCUUCAGCUGAAUAGUAAAUCAAAGGAUAGAAUCAGUGUUUCUGGCUUCUAUUACAAAAUGCCUUGAAAAUUGAUUUAAGACACACCAGUGCCAGUUUGGAAGUCUGAGAAAGAAAAGGAAUUCAGGGAGGGAAUUCAGAGAAGUAGAGAAACAAUACUAGAAAGUACCAAAUGAACUGUUAAAUGAAACUAUUUGGUCUUUAAAAUUUUUAUAGUGGUAUAUAGUGUAUGUAUAUGUACAAAUGUAUAAUUUUUAAUAGUUCUUUUUAAAGUUAUUUUUGUCUAAACAUCCUGUUUGAGAAGUGAUUUUUGAUAUAUUAUUACCAUUACUGAACUGUGGAUACCAAAUAAUCUUGUCACACUUUUCUCUCUGUGUAGCUGGGAAGGUUUAAACACUUCCUAUAGCGCCUUAACCCAUUUACAGAUAUCUCUGGAUGUAAAACUUAUGGUUCUAGAGGUAUAACCAAACUGCCAACAUGCCUCCUGGUUUAUAAAAUAAAAUAG